CCAAAAUGGCGGAAGAGUAGACUGAMUUUUGCGGCAAAUUUCAAAUAAUUCUUGCCUUUCUCAUUCUUGGCGAGAAAUUGUAGAAUAUAGACGGUUCUAACGCGUUUUUUGGCCUUCAUUUAUGACUUUUUCGUCCUGAAUUUAUGCAAUUUCCUCGAAGAACAGUCGUCAUUUUCAGYCAUCUAAAUCGUGUUUUUAAAGGAAGACGUGUCAUUCUUGCUGAAUCUGUGGCAGGUUUUUCAUCUAUUAAUCACUCUAACAUGUCAAAUAAAACUCUACCAAGCUGGAAGCAGCCAGAGGGACACGGAGAAUUGAAGAUUUUUAACAGUCUUACGCGAGAGAAGAAUGUCUUUGUACCUCAACAAGGGAGAAGAGUCACAUGGUAUGGCUGUGGCCCUACUGUGUAUGAUGCAUCCCACAUGGGCCAUGCAAG